CAACAUGUCUAAAAGUAAUACGUUCUCCUUUAACUAAAUAUCAUUCUCAUAAUAUAAUAACUCAAUAUUUUAUUUUUCAAAAAUAUAAUGUUCAAAAUAAUUCAUUAUUUCGAAUUUUAUCCAAUUCAAGAGCUUUUGCUUCAUCAUAUUCAACUCAUGAACAUAUUCUGAAUUCGGCUGCAAAUAACAUACUUCUACUUCACGAUAUUUCAACAACACCAGAAAUAACAUCACAAGUAGAUAAAGCACAAAUACAUCUUGAGCGCAUGAAGAAUUUUCUAGAUACUAAUAAUCUUGAAGCUGUUACCAAAGAAUUUAUCGAUUUAAAAGAAAAGAACAUUUUACCAACAUUAGAAAUUUAUCAUAUAUUACUUCAAAUGUGUCAUAAAGCAUCAGAUUUAAAUAGUGCUUUAGAAAUAUUCUCCCAAAUUUAUAAUGAUACAACAAAAUCUUCUAUUUCACCUACAAAAGAGACAUAUAAAUACCUAUUAGAUGUUGUUGAAGUAUCUUCUGAUCAUUUUCUUUCAUUACAUGUAUUAAAAUCUAUCGUGAAUGGGCAAAUACCAUUUAUUAAAUCAUCAAAAAUUGCUUACAAAAAUUUGAACAUAAAACUUGAUUUGGAUAUGUGGAAUUCUAUAUUUCGUUCUUUAACAACUUCACAUAAAUUAUAUUCAACAAGCGACCUAAAUUAUUUUAAGGAAGUAAAAGAAUUAAGUGAAAUAUUCUUAAAUUCUAAUCCAAAUUAUCAUAAUUUCACAGAAGAAACUUGGCGAUUAAUUAUUCGAGCAUUAGGGACUUAUCCCGGACCCUGUAAAAAAUUCGAUGAGAUAUUACAAAAAAUCCAAUCACUAGAACAAACU